AUGUGCAGCGCUGCUACGGAGUUUUCUAUUUCUCUUCUUCAAAUGCUGGUUGUUGAGGAACUGAAAGUUAUUUCAGAACUUCACAAUCUUGUUGAUGCUUUGGCAAAGCUUGCUUCAAAGCCUGGAUCCCCUGAAUCGUUGCAACAGCUGAUUGAGAUGAUCAAGAACCCUUCUGUUAGUGUUCCUGCAAAGGAGGAUAAGGCAAGACAAUCAAGGGACAAUAAGGGUCCUGGGAUGCUGGCACCAAACCGGGAAGAAGUAAACAUUGUAGAGUCUGUUGAACCAGAUCCUGCUGGAUUCCGUGAGCAGGUUUCCAUGUUGUUUACAGAAUGGUAUCGGAUAUGUGAACUCCCUCCUCCGAAUGAUACAGCUUCUACUCACUUCAUCUUACAAUUACAUCAAAAUGGUCUCCUUAAGGGGGAUGAUGUAACAGAUCGCUUCUUCCGGCUAUUGAUGGAACUAGUUUUUACACACUGCUUAAACAUUGAGGUGAUUAAUUCUGGGGCAUUGCAAUCUUCUCAACAGCUGCCAGCAAUGUCAUUUAUUGUAAUUGAUAUUUAUGCCAAGCUUGUCUUCUCAAUAUUGAAGGGAUCAAACAAGUCCUUUCUUCUUUCUAAGAUUCUUGCGGUGACUAUUCGGUUGAUUCUAAAAGAUGCAGAAGAAAAGAAGGCCUCUUUUAAUCCUAACAUAUAUUCGGUGACUAUUCGGUUGAUUCUAACAUAUAUUGCUAGGUGCAGCAACAACAUUUGGUUAUUCCUUCAAUGCAAAGCCAUGAAUAGAUGCUUCAACGAAUCUCAAAUUUUCACUUGA